AUGGAUCACAACCUUAAUAUGCAUCAUCAAAAUGCCUCAUUGCAUUGGAGCUAUGGCGCCGCCGCAGUACCAACUACGCCGCAAAACCAUUGGGUACCACCCCCACAAACACAAUCGCUGAAGCGCGCCAUAUCAGAAAGUGAUUGCGAAGAUUUAUAUUCAGAGGAAUCAUCCAAGGAACAAAUUUCUCCCAGUGACGGCAGUAGUUGUCAAUUGAUGAGCCGCAAAAAACGACGUGGUGUUAUUGAAAAGAAACGCAGAGAUCGCAUCAAUUCCUCUCUUAGCGAAUUAAAGCGUUUGGUUCCCUCGGCCUAUGAGAAACAAGGCUCCUCAAAAUUGGAAAAAGCUGAAAUUUUACAAUUGACUGUUGAACAUUUGAAAAAUCUACAAGCAAAAGGUACCGAUGCUUUGGGCUAUGAUCCUCAAAGAUUUGCCAUGGACUAUCACAUUAUUGGCUUUCGUGAAUGUGCGGCCGAGGUGGCCAGAUAUUUGGUGACCAUUGAGGGCAUGGAUAUUCAGGAUCCUUUGCGUUUGCGUCUCAUGUCGCAUUUGCAAUAUUUUGUGCAACAACGCGAAUUGUCGGUGAAAAAUUGUGCCACCACACCGGGAGCUGCGGCCUGGUCAGUACAUCCAACGGCAGCCUCAUCCUCGGUGGCUGCCGCAGCAGCAGCAGCUUAUCAGCCCAACUGUGGAGUGGCCCCCUAUCAAGCUUAUGCCUCCACCAGUGCAGCAUCAACACACUCAGCCAGUCAUAGCAAUUCGUCGUAUGUGCCCAACUUGCCCUCAGCUCUGCAUCAAUAUCCCAGCUUAAGCUCAUCACCAAAUGCCAGUCAACAACAAAUGCAUGCCCAGCAGCAGCAACAACACAGUGUACGCUCAACCUCGGUGGGGUCGGCUCAAGAUGCUCAUGGCCUUAUCAAUCAUAAUGCGAGUCAAGUAUCCUCGCCUCAACAACCUCAAGCUCAGCAGCAACAGUCUCAACAAAGUCAACAAACUCAAAGUCAACAGAAUGUGGUAGCCCAUCCCCAAAUAACACCAACCUCACAUGAGACACAUCUGCAGCAGCAACAACAACAAGGUCAACAAACUCAAGCUCAACCCCAACAACAACAACAACAACAACAUCAUCAUUAUGCCCAUGAUCCAAAUGCUCACCAGGAUCAUCAGGGUGCCACCUACAUUGAAUUAACGAAUGCCCAUGGUCAUGCAGGACAUCGUCAAGUGCCAUCAGCAGUGCCGGCCUCAGCUUUAGGUUAUACGACUAUGCCUCCACAAUAUCCUGUUAGUGUGGCCCAAGAAUACAAUCAUCAAACGGGAGUUUAUGUAACGGCUAAUGGUUCCAAACCCUAUAGACCAUGGGGUGCAGAAAUGGCAUACUAGGAUGAGGAUUCUGGUGAUUAAUUGGACUAGAAUAUGACAAAAACCUCCCCAAAGAUAUACCGAGUAUAUGAAGGAGAGGAUUUUUAUCUUCAGAAAGGAAGCACGGAGAGAAUCUUAAAAAUUUCUCUCAAAUAGAAAAUUCACACCAAAGGACCAUACCAAAAAUGUUUAUAAAAGCUUUAUCUUGUAUUUUGUAAAAAAAAAAUCAGCUGAUCAUAUCAGAAAAGCUCAUUGGCAAUUCAAGAAAAAAUUUAGUUUUACAAAAAAUUAAAAAAAAAAAAAACAAUUAAAAACGUGCUAAGUUCGGCCGUGCUGAAUCUUAUAUACCCUCCACCAUGAAUCAUAUUUGUCAAGUACUUUACGCGGUAUCUCUAGCCAAACAAAGGAUAAUGGAUAAAAAUUGCCAUGCUAUUGGAGCUAUGUCAGAUUAUGGACCGAUUCGGGUCAUAUCGAUGUGGAGACCAUAGUAGAAGACAUUGUGCAAAAUUUCAGCCAAAUCAGAAAAGAAUUGCGCUCUUAGGGGCCCAAAAAGUAAUCUGUUUAUAUGGGAGCUAUAUCAGGUUAUGGACCCAUUCAGACCAUAUUCGGAACGUAUGUUAAAGGUCAUAGGGAAGUAGUUGUGCAAAGAUUUACCAAAUCGAAUAAAAAC